AUGCUCUACCAGGAGACUAUAUCGCGCGGACGACCAAAAGCACUGUGCUAUGAAGACAUAUGCCUACAGGAAGCCCAAGCCGACUAUCUUCUUCUUCACCGAUUCGAUGGCUCCCCAGUUUCCCAGGAGAGACCUCUGCCAUACCACAAAUUGAACGACGACAUGGAGCGACAGACUCUUGACGCCGGGUUUGAGAAAGCGCUGGGACCGAAGACAUUUCGCAGAGGAGCCGCGAACGCUGCCAAUGGCAACGCAUCCGACGCCGUGCGCGACCAGAUGAUGCGCCACGACCCGAGAUGGGCCACUUUUAAUGGCGCAUACAUUAACGAGAAGGUCCAAUUUCACCUCGAGAGAGUCGUCGCCGGCGAGCCGAUAGACGAUUGUCUAAUUGAUCUGUUCACGCACAUGAGCUUAACGCGUGAUCCACAAGCGAGGCGAGACAUGGUGCCCGACGAGGUGUGGCGAGAUAUGGGAGCCGAUCCUGAGAUAUUGGACCUAGAGGCCUAG